GACGCGGUGAGAACAACUGCCUUGGGCACCUGGUAGACAGACAGCCCUUGAAUGAAACAUUGAGUCCCACAGUGACCACUUUAGGCUCCUACGAGGUGUCCGAGGGAUGUGAGAGGAAGAAAGGCCAACGCUGGGGGUCCCUGGAGCGGCGGGGGAUGCAAGCUAUGGAGGGAGAAGUGUUGCUCCCAGCUCUCUAUGAGGAGGAAGAAGAGGAGGAAGAGGAGGAAGAAGAGGUGGAAGAAGAGGAAGAGCAAGUGCAGAAAGGUGGCAGUGUGGGCUCCCUGUCAUUGGGCAAGCACCGGGGCCUGAGCCUCACGGAGACAGAGCUGGAGGAGCUGAGGGCUCAGGUGCUACAGCUGGUGGCGGAGCUGGAAGAGACCCGGGAACUAGCAGGGCAGCAUGAGGAUGACUCCCUGGAGCUCCAGGGGCUCCUGGAGGACGAGCGGCUGGCCAGUGCCCAGCAGGCAGAGGUCUUCACCAAGCAGAUCCAGCAGCUCCAAGGUGAGCUGAGAUCUCUAAGGGAGGAGAUUUCCCUGUUAGAGCGUGAGAAAGAAUGUGAACUUAAGGAAAUAGAACGGGAGUUGCAUUUGGCCCAGGCAGAGAUCCAGAAUCUGCGACAAGCCGCGGAGGAUUCUGCAACUGAACAUGACAGUGACAUAGCAUCCCUGCAGGAGGACAUCUGUCGGAUGCAAAAUGAACUUGAUGACAUGGAGCGUGUUCGGGGAGAGUAUGAGAUGGAGAUCACCUCCCUCCGUGCAGAAAUGGAAAUGAAGACCUCUGACCCAUCCAAUAGUUAUAGUCUCUCAGAUUUCUCUGAAUUACAAGAGGAGUUGCAGCAACUGCGGGAACGCUACCGCUUUCUGAACGAGGAGUACAAGGCCCUGCAGGAGAGCAACAGCAGCCUCACAGGGCAGCUUGCGGAUCUGGAGAGUGAGAGGACACGAAGAGCAACAGAAAAGUGGCUGGAGUCCCAAACACUAAGGACUAUGAUGUCAGUAGAGUCUCAGACUACAGACAUGGAUUUCCUAGAGUCUGAUUCGGAAACCCAGUCAUUGCGACAGCAGCUGCUGGGAGCUGAGGAGCAGAUACAUGACAUGCAGAACAAGUGUAAGGCAUUGUGUUGUGAGUUGCAAGAGCUACAUCAUCAUCGCCAGUCCAGUGAGGAGGAGCAGAAGCGGCUACAUAGGGAGCUCAAGUGCGCACAGAAUGAGGUGCUUCGGUUUCAGACUUCCCACCAUGCCACCCAGAACGAGGAGCUGAAGACCAGGCUCUGCUCCCUGCAGCAGAAGUAUGAUGCUAGCCAGGACGAGCAGACUGAGCUCUUGAAGGUGCAACUCCAGCUUCAGGCUGAGCUCCGGCAGCUCAAAGUCAUGAAAUCCACAGUCAUAGAAAGCCAAAGUGAGAAGGAGUUACUGUGCCGGCUACAUAAGCUGCAGGUCCAGCACCAGAACCUCAUGUGUGAGAAGGAUAGCCUGCUGGACGUGCAGCAACAACUGCGGGAGGACCUGCGGUACCACGCAGCAGAGGUGCAACGCCUCAAAGACAUCGCAGGCUGCUUCCAAGAGAGCAAUGACAAGAACGCAGAGAUGCAGUUAAAGCUUGAGGAGAUGAAGCAGCUGUACCAUAGCAGCCAGGAGGAACUGGAGAAGCAGAAGCACAUGUAUGAUCAACUGGAGCAGGACUUCCUGCUUCUCCAGCAGGAGCUGGAUCAGCUCAAGACCACCCAGCUCAUCCCAGAGGACAAGGGAAAAUGUGCUGAUAAGUGUGAUUCACUGCUGUCCAGACUGACAGAUUUGCAGGAAAAGUACAAGGCCAACCAGAAGGAGAUGGGGCAGCUGCAAAUGGAGCAGUGCGAACUCCUGGAGGAUCAGAGGAGGUUGCAGGAGGAGCAGGGCGAGCUUCAAGAAGAGCUGCACAGGCUCACGAUCCCGAUACCUAAAUGUGGUAUCCUCCAGAAGAGUCAGGAGCUACUUACAAAGUUACAAAACCUGUAUGAAGUACAGCUGCUCUACCAAGGCAUGCAGGAGGAGCAGAAACAACUGAUACAGAAUCAAGAAAGUGUAUUAAACGAACAAUUAUUGCUGCACAAAGAGCUGCAUCUUUUCAAAGAGUCUCAUUGCCAGGAAGUGUUGGAAAAUCCAGGAGGUCCCAAAUCACUUAAGUCCUCAAACAAGUUCAAGGUGAUCGCCCAGGUGCAGGCUCUGCAGGACCUGUAUGACGCCAGCCACACCGAGCAGGAGCUACUGCAGCAGGAGCAGGGGAGGCUCCUAGAGGAGCGAAAGAGGCUGCAGGCUGACUUGCAGCUCUGCCUGGAAGAAAUGCAGUUGCUCCAAGCUCAGUCCCCUUCUAUGAAAAUGAGCCUUGAGUCCUACAAGAAGAGUUAUGAUAGCAGUAUUGACGGCAGCGAGAGCUAUCACAAGAGUUAUGGGAGCACCCAGGCCAGUGAUGAGAGCUUCCUCAAGAGCUAUGACAGCACCAGCACCAGUGAGACCUAUAUGAAGAGUUACCGCAGCAGCAGCAGCAACAUCGCCUAUAAGAAGAGUUAUAGCAGCAGCAGUAGCUCUGACACUUGUUAUAAGAGUUUUGUCAGCAGCACUGAUGAACCUGCUGAGCCGGAAGACAUAGAGUACUUUGCUGACAUGGUCGCUGAAGUGCUGGUCAAGCUGCAGGGAGUGCAGGCCAUGUACAAACUCAGCCAGGAGGAGCACAGCCUGCUGCAGGAGCGAAUGGGGACGCUCCUGGACCAGCAGAAGGAGCUGAAGGAAGAGCUGGAUGCCUGUGAAAAGGAAUUCAAGGAGUGCAUGGAGGGCCUUGAGAAGCCUGUUGCCUCCCAAAAUGACAAGAAUGAGAUCAAAGAGCUGCAGACCAAGCUGCGGGAGCUGCAGCUGCAGUACCAGGCCAGUAUGGAUGAGCAGGGGCGGCUUUUGGCAGAGCAGGAGCAGUUGGAGGGGCAGCUGCAGUGCUGCCAGGAAGAGCUUCGCCAGCUCAAAGAGAAGUCGUCUGAUACCAAGGGCAACAAUGCCAAUAAGAACAUGAACAAGAAUGCCAGUGGGGUUAAAAAUAAAAAGGUGACCAAGCCAAGCCUGGAGAUUUCUGAGAGCGACUGUGAGACCAGGCAGAGUCUGGAGGUAGUGCUGUACUACCAGGCCAGCCACACAAACUCAGAUGACCCACCGAAAGAGGAGGCAGGCGAGAGGGAGGAAACUGAAGAGGAGCCAAAGCAGGAGUUCUGGGAUAAGCUAGUUUCUGAGCACCCGCAUCACAUAGAGAUGAAGUCCGCAAAAAAUGAGGAUGAGGGAUUCAAAGAGCCCCAAGACCAGGAGGGUAAGGAAGAGGACAGCCGAAAAGAGGAGAAUGACUCUCGCCCUGAGGCUUCAAAGGAAAACCCCCUCAAAAUUUCCGAGAGCAGAAAGCCAUCCCCUGCCCCCAACCCUCCCAUCUUCUCCCUGCCUCUCGUAGGCCUGGUGGUCAUAUCGGCUUUGCUCUGGUGCUGGUGGGCUGAGACGGCGUCCUAACUCAGGUACUGGUAUUGUGUCGUCUUCUGAGGGAUUGAGGGAGGGUGCGAGUUGCCCUGGCCUCCCCUCUUUCCCUUUUCUCUCAGCUGCUUGCUUCUUGUUUUUGCCGUUUUAUAACAGGCAGUACUAGGAUUUGAGUUUUCUCUGGCUUUUCCUUGGGCUACGGCAAAGCCCGUGACUUCUCAGAGUGUGUCUUCAUAACACAUAGGGAGUUGGAAUGCUUACUGUUGACGUGGUUCGCGUUUCUGUCUUCUGGCUGGGAAAAAUUUGGAUGAUCCCAGCGCUGUUGCUACUUUCAAAGAUACCCGACUACUUCUGAUGAGCUGAUGUCUGUCUGAAAGGCUGGCCUGGGUGCUCUUUGAUUAGCCCCAGAGCCAAGCUCUUACUGUUAUAAUUACCCAGGCUGGCCAAAUAAGGAAUCACUGCCCCCCCUGUUGGGUGAGAGAGGAAGUCUAGAGAGCUGUGACUCCCCCAGGGUCAUGUGUGUGAGGGUGGCCUCAAUUCAUCCUUCAGCAUUGGUAAAAACAGAACUGAAACCUCUACCAUGUUAUAUACUUUCUACUGAGAAGUUCUCUGAUUUGGAGCUUUUGGUCUCCAGAAAAAUCAGAACAAGAAUGCCAGGAAAUAUUUUUUAGUUCUCUGUUUAUCACUUUUGGGGGCCAGAUUAGAUUGUAAUUGGCUUCCCAAGCUGGGCUUUCUGGAGAGAAUGUGGUACUGUAUUGGUGAAAAGUUUCCACCAACCAGAGAUGCAAGUGUUCUCAAAGAACCAAGGCUGGUAUGUUCUGGGCACCUUCCAGUUGGCCAGUCCAUGUAAUCUGGUACCAACAGGGUACCAAAUUCAGGAGGCAGAAUGUGGUCUUAUGGCCCAAGGUAAAACCCUAGGGUUCCACCUGCCUUCUGGCACCAUAAACUCUUUCUCGCGGCCUAUUUUAGCUCCUUUCUCAUGCUCACCCUGCCCCUCUCCCACCCUCCUCGCGUCCUGGUAAAUGGAGUGUAGCUGGCUUAAUGCGUGGGUUCAGAGUGGCCACUGAAGCAUUUGCUGGUAGCUCUUAUCACUAUCUCCCUUUUUCUCUUUCCUCCCUCCCCCUCACUUUUUUUCCUCUUCAACCCUUCUCCUUUCUUUUAGCAUUCCACUUAUGCUCCAUGGACAGUAUUCAACUCCUUUAGUGACAGGGGUCUCUCUCUCCCUGUACCUGUUCCUUCCCCAUAUACCCCGAUUUCUAAGCCCCUGUGGGAUAAGACCCAGAGCAUUCAGCUAUAACCUUUCUCCAGCUCAAACUCGGCCAGGCCCAAGCACAGUGAGAGAAAGGAACUCCUGGGUGAGGGUCCUCCCAGGGGAGCUUGUUAAGCAGAGCCUGGCUGCACCCCAAAAUGCAGCUCCCCAACCAGGAAUCAAGGCAACAUAGGUAGAAACCGGCUAAUAAAUGGGUCAGAGAAUUUAGCUGAGCCUGUCUCUGCUGCUUACAGCUUAGUCCCAAAAUACAUAAUCUGAAUGUUCAUUUCUUCAAAUGUGAGCAAAGGGUGAUAAGACCUCUGCCUUCCCCAUUGAAGAGCAGAUGAGUUCACAUAUGUAAAAGUACUUUACAAAUGAUAAAACACCACAGAAAUAAUAAAAAGAGCAUACACUUACAUAGCACAUACUACGUGCCCUGGCUAUUCCAGUCACCUUGUCGACAGUAACUCACUUAAAUCUUACGACAACCCUGUGAGGUGGCUAUUACUGUUAUCAUUUGAUAUGUAGUAAACCUAAGGCACGGAGAGGUUAAGUAAUACAGCCAGGAGGCUGGGAGUCGGCUUCUAAGGAUUUAACAUUAGCCACAGAUGAAAUUGCAUCCUGAUUUCCCUUAUCAUCUCUCUUCAUUUUGAGCAAUUUUCCUUGGUUGCUUCCAGAUAGUUAGGAAGACACCAACCAUCUCUUUAUGCAGCCUCGGAUCACAUUAACUCUCUUGGUAACUAAUAGCACAUUGUUAACUUAUUUCAUGUAUUGUUUAUAAAACCCCUUUGCAUGUCACAUAUGUUAAGUUACUCCUCCCCAUUCCCUACCUGCAGUUCAUUUUGUGGAUUCAAGACAAUUUUUUAUUUAUCCCUAUUAGAGAUGAACCAUUUAUGUAACCUACAAAGUUUUAAAAUCUCAACUCUGGUUUCAAAAUAUUCCCUUUCCCUACCAGCUUUACGUCAUCCUCAGGGGUGACAAGCCCACCCUCAUGUCCCCCUCCAUGUUACAGGUGAGCGCCAAGCUUCUCCAGCGUGGUCUCUCCAGGCUUUUAUCCAGCUCAUUUGGUCACUUAACAAACAGUCAUACAACAAACUGUCGUCCUACUCACUUCCUCAUGUUCUUUCCAUAGUUAUGGAAAACCUUGUCAAACACCUUGAUUAAGUCCAACACAUGAUUUUCUUGAUCUUUGAAUUUAUUUAAUUUAUUUAUUCAUUGAAUUUAUUGGGAUGACAUUGGUUAAUAAAAUUGUACAGGUUUCAGGGGUACAAUUCUAUAAUAUGUCAUCUGUUGACCCGGGAAUUUAGUGACCCAGUCUGAAAGGAAAGCCUGACAUGUUGUACCCCUUUGUGAUACCCAAACCAGCCCUUUACUCAGCCAGUCUGGAAUCUUGCCUCUGCCUGGUAUAAAGGGCGCCAGUUCACAUUCGUGGGUUUCAGCGCUGUCCUCCUUUGAGAGUGCCAGACUGGCAUUUUUCGCAAAGCACAUUACGAUAUAAGCGUCCAAGCAUGUCAGUAUUUGUCCUAGCUCCCUUUUCAGUUAUUUUCUUACCUGAAUUACUCUGUAUACCCAACUCCAACAUUGUUUUGCUUCCCGUUUCAUAUCUUACGUUCUUUUUAGUAACUGUUUUUACAAGUGUAGGAGAUUUUCUUUGCUCUUUAUAGUUGGCUUAAAAUCCUGUUUUUAGAUCCAUUAUUCUCUGAGAAAAUGCGUUCUUAGCAUUAAUGGGCUAUAUUUGCCCUUCCCUAAAACUAUCUUUCUGUUUCUCCAUAGCUUAUGACUUAAAACCCAAAUUCCACCUUUCAAGUAAUACAGUAAAAAAAAACAAAAACAAAAGUAGGAACUAUUUCCCCAAGCAUGUAUUUUCUUGCCCAGGAUUUCAUGUUCCCUAAAUGAUGCUUAUUGUUGUCUCACAAAUCGGCAGGAAUUGCUGGGGUCAGCAGGGCCUGGCAGCCUCCGCACAUGCUCAGGAAGUCAGUCAACACACCCAGUAACUGGGGGUGUUUAAUGACACUGGCAUUUGCAUCCCAGGGCCAGUGACCGGCUUCCUUGAAUUUCCUUGAACCAACAUCACUCUCCACAAGUGUUCAGGCUGCCUUAGAACCUCGUAUUUGCCUGCACUCAAUGGCACACUUCCUUCACUUCUCCUCAGUCUUAAUAUCCUCUUGACUCUGAGCUCAUUCUCCAUGAAACUAAUGAGGUGCUGCUGCUUUUCCCAAAGGCCCACGUUUACCCUCAUAUUUUUGCCAUGGUAUCCAGCCUUCCUCAUUGCAACCAUUUGCAUACUCUGCAGUCUGGCUGCUGAGCUUCCUUCUGCACACAGGAACUGGUAUUCUAAUUCCAUGGGGCAUGCACACAGGCCGUCACCUCAGGCGAUACACAGAAGAUCGUCCCAGGUAUCUAGUGGUGCCAGGACUCAGACCACAUUGUCUCCAGCAGUUAUCCAGGACGUAAGAGGGAGUGGACCAUGAUGGUCCUCAGGUGUUUCCAGCACCGGUAGGCAGGGGAGCUCUGGCUUAGGGAAGGGUUCAGAAGGCUGGGCACUCACCAUUUGUCUUUGG